AUGGUCAGGGAACACCUCAGCCAACAUCGACACGAACACGCCGGUCGUGAGAUGGCUGCUUGGCGUCCGAUGCGCCAGAAGAUCAGAAGGCAAUAUGCGAAGGCGUACUUCGCUUACUUUCCCAUAUUCGCGGCAGAGGAUGACCAUGAUGACCGCAAUCUCCUGUACUACCUGGCCAAGGAGACGAUGCGGACGCUGCUUGCCAAAUACCCGGAUGGGUACGAGGGCUGGCCAAGGGUUGAUAAGAGCCUGUUCAAUGCGUGUACUCGCCCACCCUGUAUGAAUUCUUGA